UGCUGCCGCGAACAUGUUGUUGUCGCGAGCGUGACAAGUCGGCGCCGCGCUACAGGGACGGAAGGAAGGAAGACGAGCCCGGGUUUAAAGAGGCCCGGUGAUGGAAGAGGCAGAGAGCGGGGGACGGGAGCCCGAGCCCCGGUGCGCCGAGCAGACUGAGCUGCUCUCAUUAAUAAUAAGCGGAGAGGAGGAAGCGACGCCAGAAGAGAGUGAGCUGGGAGAAGAGGAUGGUCUUGCCAAUGGCCAUGGUGAGGAGGAAUCAGGGGCUGACAUGGUUACAGCUGUCACAUCUCCAGGUACCAGCUACUGGAGCAUCACGGAGGGUCCUGACCAUCCCUUGCUCCUCUCCCUGGCCCCUGGGCCCUCUGGACGAAAACCUAGGGUGCAGAGGGCCUCGCGCCCAGGCCUCAGCCGUAUCCCAGGUCGGGACCACCGCCGCUACUACCACGAGUACUGGCGUAGUGAGUACCUGAUGGACUUUGACCCCCAGCGGCAUGGGAUGAUCUGCAUGGUGUGCGGCAGCUCACUGGCCACUCUGAAGCUCAGCACCAUAAAGAGACACAUAAGACAGAAGCACCCAGACUCCCUGCUGUGGAGUGCUGCCGACAAGGAGGUGAUCCGCUCGGGCUGGGAGAGCCACCUGAGCCUGGGGGGGAGUCAGAGAUCGUACAGCUCUGCUGCUGGACCUUUACCACAGGAAGAAGAAGAGCAGCUGGACUCAGGCCAACAUGCUGCUGAUCUCCUGGAUCCUGUGACUCCCCAUGAGCAGCCACAACAAGCUCUCAGUCUGUCUCCCAAAUCUGAAGAGGUUGAAGUCCCACAGACCCAGGAGGAGGAUGAGCAGGAUCUGUCCGGACCAUCAGCUCAAACUUUGGAGCGCUACCUGAAUGACUCACUGCACGCUUGGUUCCGUCAGGAGUUCCUGAUGGAGUACGAAGCAGAGGCUGGCCGGCUAAUGUGCAUGGUGUGCGGAGGAGAGCUACCCUCCCUUCACCUUGACCACAUCAAGAGCCAUGUGCUUGACACCCACCCUAACUCCCUGGUUUACAGCUCAGAGGAGAAGCACUGCAUCCUUCAGGCCUGGGCUCAGACUCAUGAAGAUUCAGAAAACUCAAUCAAAUCAGAGCCCAGCACCAAAGAAGAAGGCAUGGACCUAUUUGCUCAGGAUGCGGAGGCCAUCCAGAUUAACACUGACUUGUACCCAGAAAGUGAUGGCACUUUAACUCAGGAAACGUGUCUCAUUGGUGAGGACGGCGGCGUAGGAGCUCCGCAACAGGGAUCCCAGCCCCUUCAUCAGCCCAGGAAGAGGCGGCUGCCUGGGGGCGACCCAUGGCGGCUCCGCCUCGACUACCUGGUAGCCUAUGGGCCUCAGGGCCAGGACACGUUCUGCAUGGUGUGUUCUCAGGUCCUGCACGAAACCAAGGUCAGCAGCUUCCGGCGCCACAUAAAGGAAUGUCACCCUGAGACCACAACCCUCAGCCGACAAGAAAGGGAAGCCAUGGCUGCUGCCUGGACCAAAGAUUAUUCUAGUGACGACAUGGAAACUCAAGAUGAAAUCAACCUUAGAGAAGCUACUACAGGAGAGACAUGUGAGGACCCCUGCCCAGACUUCACGACACCCAGUAAGACAGUGAAGAAGGAGGAAGGUGUGAGUGGACGAAGGGUGAAAGUUAAGGAUAGCGGCACCGCAGCCACACCUUCUCGUCACAGCCAUUACCCCGGGAAGGACCAGAGGAGGAACUACCAGGUGCGUUGGCGGAUGGAAUACCUGAUGGACUACGACUGCAGGAGACACGGGCUGAUCUGCAUAGUGUGCGGAGCCACUCUGGCCACGUUAAAGGUCAGCACCAUCAAGAGGCACAUCCAGCAGGUGCACCCCCACUCUCUGGACUACAGCCCAGAGGAGAAGCAGCAGGCUAUGCUGAGCUACAACCAGAUCGCCUUGCACUUCACCCACUCUGAUGACUGCUUCUCCUCCCCGGACCACGGGCACACAGAGCUGGCUCCAACUCCAGUACACUUUGGCACUUAAAAAGGGCUUCUGUCCGUUGCUCCUCAGCAGUCCCAUGUCCAGAAACAGCCCUUCAUUAUCUUUGUUACAGGGACAUUCAGAUCAAACAUGGUCUUACUGUCCUAUUCCCGCUCCUUGUCUUCUUUAACUUUGUUACCAAAUCUAUACAAUCAGGUGACUAGCUGUCUCAAUGGUCAGAAAUAUGAGAUUAAGACCCAGGUUGAGAGACACAAGAAUUCUAAAUCUGAGAGUACUUUUGUAGGCGAAGCUGCAGAUUGCAACUGCUGCAAAGGGAAUGAGACAACCUAAAAUGUCAUGGCCUGAAAAACUCAAAGUCCAGACACUCAUUUGAAACUAAAGCCUUAUUUGCACGAGACCAGUAUUACACAAGGACCUCAUGGGAUUGUUUAGGAACUGCACAUUUGCAUGGAUGCACAAAAUCUGAGCUUUACAGAUAUGUCUGUCAAAUCCUAAUCCUUUUUAACAAGUGAUACCAUUGUUACCAUAGAUAACAAUACUGACCCAGUAGUUAAUGCUAUCCUGAAACUAUACUAUGUGUAUUGGAAUACCAAGGGGUCUUAUACAUAUAUAAUAUGUAUAUGCUCACAGACACACACACACACACACAUCCGUUUAAUCAGAUCAUCAUCAGUCCGCUUUAAUGUGGGCAAAUACAACAUGGAACUGCACAGAUGGCAUACUCUGUAGAAUGUGUUUUUAAGGAAUACUUAUAUUAAUUUAAUUCUGAAUGGGAUCCCCAGUUAAGGGCCCAGUCAGACCAACUUUUAUGAUUUCACAGCAUAAAUUGUUGUGUUCAGUGGAAUCUCUCACAGAACCUUUGACAUCCAAAUAUGUUCCACUGACCAAAAAACAAAUGGUCAUGACAUUAUUGACCUUUGAGGUAACGGAGAGCUGGAAUGCAAGCUAACAUAGUAGCUGUGUUGGACCUUCUUCUUUCAAAUAAUCCCCUGCCGGAUCCUAAAGCUCCACAACAGAGGCAUUCACUGUAUUCGCAUGGCAUGUAUUUAACCACUUCCCAGUGUGAUACCAGAGAAAAUUUGUUCCUAUGAAAUUUUAACGGCAUGGCUUCAAAACCGUUUCACUCACAUGUGGCUGCUAGUGCUAGCAUGUUCCUGUCAGCUCAGUAGUUACAAGCUAGCUUCACGAGUGGUUACUUUAUGUUGUCAGCACCACAUGGGGCGGCUGUGACUGAGGGGUAGAGCGGUCGUCCUCCAACUUGAAGGUCGGUCGUUCAAUCCCCAGUCUUCCCCAUCUGCAUGCCGAAGUGUCUCCGGCAAGAUGCUGAACCCCGAAUUGCCCCUCAUAGAACAAGAAAGUGCUGCUAAUAGUGUCACUGUAUGAAUGGGUGAAUGUAAAAAUGUACUGUAAAGUGCGAUGAGUGGUCAUCAAGAUUCGAAAAGUGGUAUAUAAAUACAAAAAAACAUUUACAUGUUUCACAGGGACACACACAUCAUAUUUGCUGAUCUGGUUUGACCAGGGUCUAAUACUGAAAAUGGGGCUUUAGACGUUCAAACUCCUUCUUGCCUCUUCCUAUACUUUCAACACCGAAUGGGUCCCUGGACUUCUAGUUUUAAAUGCCUGUCAUCAUGUUUCCUCUCUGAACCAUGUGUUCAGGUCUGGCUUUUUUCUGGUAGGGGCCAGAGUCUUAUGUUCUCAGGAACUUAGAAACAGAACCUUGGGCAAGGCCGGGUUGAAUUAGUUUGAUGAUAAUGUGUCUGAAGACAACACAGCACUUUGCCCUAAAAUAUGUACUAAACCCCAGCUUUCCUUUUGUACAGCUAAUAGAAUGAGACUGUGUUUGAUGUUAUUGCUGAAGACAAUGAAUGCCAGCGUGCGGUCAAUGAGUUUCGAUCUCCUUAAUGUAAUGUAUUUAAUUCCUUGUUUACAGUGGAGGAGAUAUCCUCCUCUCUCUCAUCCAUUCUAAUGAGAUAUGUUAUCUCUCUGUCAUUUUGCAUUGUUGCUACGUCGACCUGCAUCCUUUUCAGCAUCCACAACUCAUGUUAGCCAAAAGCUGCACAAAAAAAAGAAUAUGUAAAUACUUAUAUGAAAAAUUUGAAUUAUUUUUCCUUUAUACAAGCACUUUUAUGCACCCUGGUUUCUACAAAAAUGUUUGUAACUAUGUCCAGUUUUUCUACUUCAUUCAAGAUUUCAACAAUGUUUGUAAACGGCUGGAGGACAGCCUGCUGGGCUUCACUUUGAAAAGUCUACUCCAGCUUUGGUACUGCUUAAUUUUUUUCAUUCAUUGUACAAAGUUUAUGCAAAAAAAAGGAGUUGAACUAAGAGUGUGUGCGAAAGAAUAGUCUGCCAUAAAAUGUCACCAGGAAAUGUAACUCAGGGAUUCUGUUUUCAUCAACGACCAUUUCAUCGGUGAUCCUUUAAGAACAUGUCAGCUGGUGACAUGUGAACAUAGAUAAAUACAUGUGUCUGCUUUGGGUUGUACAGGUAUUAGGGCCAAAAUAAAGUUAUAAUUUCCGGAGAUCAAAGUUGUAACUUGAAGGAAUUUAAAACCUAACCCUAACCCACAUAAGAAGAAUAAGGAAUCUGGAAAAUAAGAAAAAUUCAAAUAUUUUGAGUAAAAAGCUGAAGAUGAUUUUUCAGCAAAAAAUAUUUCAUCAUGCAAGUUACAAUUCAAAUUAUAAAUUGAAUACAUUUUUAUCAAAACAUAUCCUGGUCUGUCAGGAAAGUAAAAUAUGCAAAUGUUAAUACUACCAAGUCUAUUCACAGAGAAUAUAUGAAAUCUAAGUAUGAUGUUUAUGUAAAAUUAUCACUUUAUAAAGAUAUACUGUCACCCCUGUCUCUUGAAUUCAGAAUAAUCUAAUUUCUCUCAGAUUAUGACGACAAUUCAACAUUUUCAAAAUUUUUGGGACUUAACAUACAAAUCUCCUUUUCUUUCUUUACAGUGGCCCUAUCACUCUGUCGGACAGAAAUGUGAAUGACACACAAAAUCUCAAUAGUUACAUUUUUGAAGAAUGAUCAGAAAUUACGCUCUGGUACAAAAGCUCUUAACAAACUCCCUGCAACGCUCUGACAGCAGACAAACUAUGACUUUCCAUCCCACACAUCGCUCUGGUAGAAAUCUGACAUAGCACUUAAUUAUUUAAAAUGAACAAACAGUGAAUGGUAAAGCAAUUGAAAAUGAGAUCAAACUUUUUGCUUGUGUGUACGUGUGUUUAUACUGUGAAUGAUCAGCUUCUCAUUUUUCUUCAAUUUGACUUUGUCUUCUCACCCUUCAUCUGUACAUGGCCAACAUGUGACAUCUCCAUGCCUCCAUGACUUUUGAAUAAAGACUCAACACUG